AUGAUAUUGCGACAAGGUCUAGCACUUCUGGUCGUAGCUGCGGUCGCUCUGGGGCAGAGCAAGAGCCAGAGGGCAGACCCAACCUAUGCCGGAUGGAAUGUGUUGGAAGUGAUGUCCUUACCCCCGUUUCUGAAUCUCGAAACCUUUGGAUUUCCCAGUCACACAGAGCUCCUCAGCUUUAAUACAGGAACCGGUACAACCGUAUUAGCAGUGGCCCAGGAUAAGCUUUCUCAGUUCAUACAACAAUUAACGGAUUCCGGCGUGGCCUUCCAAACCAAGUUACAAGAUCUCUCCCAAUUAUUCUUAUCACCUCUUACGUACGACAUGACAAGGAGUCUCCCGAGAGGCGACACUACCUUUGAUCGCUACAUGUACUAUCAAGAGAUCGUGUCGUACAUCGAAGGUCUGUCCUCCAAAUACCCAAACAAGGUUCAGGUUGACGAGAUUGGCCGGAGUGUCGAGGGCAGACCUAUAUAUCUCAUUACCCUCAACAAGAAAACCAAAUCCCGAAAAGCCGACAAACCUGUUAUAUUCAUAGAAGCAGGAGCGCACGCGAGGGAGUGGGUGUCCCCGGCCUCGGCGCUGUACCUGGUGGAGCGCCUGCUGGAGAGUCCGUCCCUCCUGCGCAAUGCCGAGUGGCGCGGUCCGCUGCUCAACCCCGACGGCUACGUCUUCUCCUGGAACCAUGACCGACUGUGGAGGAAGAACCGCGCCCCUUCAUCUGUUCCCGAAUGCGUUGGCGUUGACCUGAACCGGAACUUCGACUUCUACUGGGGAGGAGUUCAGGCCAGUAUGGACCCUUGCUCUGACCUCUACCAGGGCUCAAACCCGUUCAGUGAGCCUGAGACCAGAGCGCUGAGGAAAGCCGUCUCUGACGUCAAGAGAAGAACCAAGGCAUACGUGUCGCUUCACUCCUAUGGGCAAACAUUCCUGUAUCCUUGGAGCUACUCCAGAGCCGUCAACAACUCCAAAACUAGAGACCUGGUAAAUUUAGCGGACGGAAUGGCGAGGAAGGUCGAAGCCGCCGGUGGGACGCGCUACAAUAUUAGCGGCAGCGGAGUUUCAAUUCUCGUCGGAGGGGCGUCUGACGACUGGGUGGCGAGCCAGGGCGUGCCGUACGUGUACACCAUGGAGCUGCGUGACAAGGGCGAAACCGUCUUCCACCUUCCCGAGCAUCUCAUCGUCCCCACGGGAGAAGACGUGUGGGCAGCCAUGAAGUAUCUCGGGAGGAAACUUCGCUACAGAAAGAAGAACAAAAGGAACUAAGUGCUGUUCUCAAGACGAAGAAGAACAACGAGGAAGAAACUGCAGUUUUAGCGUUGGAUACUGAUAUUUAUAUUAGAUUGAGAGAAAUAAUGGUGCGGGCGAGAGGAAUUAUGAUAAUGACGAUGGUGAAUAGGAGGAGGGGAAAUAAUGAAGAGAACAAAUCAAUGGCAAUAAAUUCAAACACUGUGUCGUAACAGGAUAUCUUGCAAACAGAGCAAUCGGAGGGAUGAAUACGACGAAGAUCAGAAAAAGAAAGAAAAAAAGAAAGGAAGUCCUGCGUCGGGAGGCGAAGCGACUGAAGAAACGUAAUACCAAGUGUUAGAAAUGGAGUUGAAAAAACGGUUUCUCCCCUAAUUAGAAAAACAAAUCUUCAGCCUACACUCUGUAAUAUUAUAAUAUUGUUAGUUAGUGAUGUAUUUAUUUACAUAUUUAUCAAUUCCAUAAUAUUUAUAUAAAUUACUAAUAAAAUUACUGAGUUGUA